GGCUGCGUAUUCAUCGGACAGAAUCAUUACAGAGGAAGAACAAGAGAUUCUAAAUAAAAAAGUUUCAACGCCUGAAUUAGCGAAAGAAAAUGAAGAGUUAAAAGUUGACAGUUUACACAGCGAUCAAAAAUGUACAGAGCAGAGGCUGGGAAACCAUGAAAAGACAUCUGACCAUCACUGGAUAUUAUGCAAGAGAGCUGUAGAAACAGAAUGUGCUGCGCCCUCUUUCUCUACUGGUGGCAUGCCGACAGAAGCUAUUGAUGCUGAAAGUGAGGUAACUAUGUCAGAAAUCGCGUCUGGCUUAGGAAAAGACCUGUUGAUGCUCUACCAGAAUUCUUGGUUUUCAGAUAUUAAUAUUUGGAUUGAUGGAAAACCCUUUGAAGUGCACAGCCUGUGCCUGGGAAGCACCAACCCGUUUUAGAGUGUCUGGCUAUAGCUUAUUCAACAAGAUCAGAGCACCUUUAUGAUUCAUGCAUGAAGUGGCUGAUACAAAAUUUUUCAAGGUGUUGGUCAGAAAAGAACUUUGCUAAUUUAUCUUCUGAGCUUCAAAAUAAUUGCCUUACUACAUUGAUUGAUUCUUUGAGCCCCCAGAAUGCAGCCCGUCUUUUGAUGGAAACCAACAGGCUACUUAAUAGUCUUCCCCAAGUGAAAUGGACCGAAACAGCUCGAACGUUGGCAUUUAGACUGCAGGAAGAGUGUAUGGCAUUUAUGGUGACCAAUUUUCCAGAAAUAAUACAGAGUGAAAGCUUUUUAGCCCUCUUACAGGCUCAGGCCAUGAGCAGCAAACCUGAUCUUCUUGAUCAAGUGCUUGAAGCAGUGAAAAAAGAGGUUACUGUUGAAAAUAGCUGUUGCCUUCUUAUAGCAGUGGACACUUUGCUAAGUUCUUCAAGUGUGAACGAGAUGGGGUUUCUGUGCAGGAUCCAGGCUCUGCGUGAUAAACUGUGGGUCUUUCUGCUCCAGUCAUUUUUUGCCGUUCGACAUACAGAGGGCUGGAAACUGCUUAAGGCAGCCGAUCAGGAGCGAAUACAAGCAGCUGCUGUUGACAAAGGAGAUGACAGAAGACCUACUAAUAAGCCCAUAUUCAGUAGUUCUCAGUUAAGCCGAUGCUUUGGUGGUUCUUGUGCUCUAAAACAGACUGCUUGGGAAGCAAGUAAAAAGGAAAACCCUUGUGGUGAUCCCUCUGCUAAUCAGGAUAAAAUGAAAUCUGAUGCAUUAGGAGCAUCUGGACAGACCUCAGCUACCAAUCGGAAUAGCAAUAAUAAAGCUUUGAAGCAUGAUGACUUAAAGGGGAAAGACAGCAAAAAAGCAGUUUGUAAGCUGAUGAAGGAAUCCAAAAUAGGAGAGAAAAUGCCUUCACCAAAGGCUAGAGCUGUUAUAAAGCCCAAAGUUGAAAAUAAUGGAAAUGCUAAGAAUGAAACACUGUUGGCCAAACAAGAUUCUGACCGGCCCUUACCUUCUAGCGGGCACAAAAAUGCAGGAAGCAGCAAAAUGUCAAAAAACCAAGAAGGUAAAACGACAGGUGCCCGCCCCAAAGUAUUUGCAGGAAUCUCAAAUGUACAAAUUAAAGCAAAACCUGUGAAGAAAUCAGUUGGAAAGGAAUCUCCUUCUCUCGUGAGCACAGAUACUCUAAGCAAAUCAAACAGUUCAAGUCCAGAUCUGCGGAUGUCCAUUGAUAAAGAUGACUCCAAAGAGGAAAAAGGAGAUGAGAGCAAAAAGCAAUCAGCUUUGAAAACAAAAUCUGGUACGAAGAUAACUAAUGGAGCCCUUUCCAAAAAACACGUUAAUGAGCUUGAGGCUAAUAGUCCAACGAACAGUGUUACAAAGAAAUGUACUGGGAAAGGCAACAAUGAACACAUACCACAAGCAGUUGUGAAGAAAAGGGCAAAUGAAGCUGGCAGUUCUGUACCUCAGCAGAAGACAAAGAAUAUAGCUAAUGCUACAAAAAAUCAAGGUCUACAGGGAGAUUUGUCAAAUCCACUUAAGGCUGCUCUUUCUCCAAAACAGAAUGAAGAGAAUGGUAUGACACAAGAUAUGACAUUAACUUCCCUGAAGAAAAAAGCUAAAUCUUCACAAGCAACCUCAGUUAAAUCUACUGCAAAAAUAGUAACCACCAAAACCCAAACUCAUUCAAAGAAAACUGAAAUGACAAACAAUAAGGAACAAAAACAGAAAACAGUUAGUGUUCUAAAACUUCCAUCAGGCCAGAAACCUCCCAGAAGUGAAUCAUUACUUCCAAAGAACAUACAUGGAGAAGAGCAAAAGAAUUCAGAUCUUAAACUUGAACACCCUAGUUUGGAAGAUCAACCAUGUGGCGAUCCUAAAUUCAAUCCAGAGGACAAAAAUGAUAGUGAAACAUCUUUACCUGAAUUACAAAGGCAGAAUACACCUAUUUUGGGAGAAAAUAUUCCCCUUGAAGAAAUGGCCUGCAAGAGAGAUUUGGGAUCUUCUUGCAUGUCAGAGCGGAACAUGUCAAUGAAGCAUGAUGAGGCAGCCAAACAAAUUCAUAAAAAUGAGGAUGAUAAAUCUCCCAUAAAUAAAAAGAUGGAGCAAUGUACCCUUGAAUUGCAUCCUAUUCAAUGUCGGGAGAGUGUUGCACGUGGAAACAUUAACCAAAAUGCUACACAUUUGACUUUAAAUGAAAUGGAAAAAUGCAAAACACUUCCGGAGUCUGUUGCUUGCCAGAAUUCCUUAGAAACUUUAAGGAAAAAUGAGAGCCAUUUGGUACAAGGAAAAUCAGUUGUCUCUUUUGAUACCUUGGAAGCCGAAAAGGAUAUUAGCCAGGUGAAUGGCUCAUCCGAUGGUUCAAACUCUGAACAGGAAGAGAAAAAAUCCUCUACUUUAAAAACCUUUUUGAUAGAUUCUGAAAGUGCUGAUGAACUGUCUGAUAAGUCUGCCUUGACUGAUUCGCAGUUGGCUACAGUGGAAUCAGAGCCUGCUUCAAAAUCUUACGUAGAGCAAGCGGCAGAAAAAUGCUCGUCUAAAGAUACGGACACUACAGAAACUCCAGAAAGUCAUGAAAAUUCAGAAGCUCCUUUUACCGAUCAAUGGAAUAUAAGUUCCAGCAGACUUGAUCCAAAAGAAAGUCCUGAAUCAGAUACUGGCAGUGCAACAACAUCAUCGGACGAUAUAAAGCCAAGAUCCGAAGAUUAUGACGCAGGAGGAUCUCAGGAUGAUGAGGGAUCAAAUGAAAGGGGAAUUUCAAAAUGCAGCACCAUGCUAUGCCAUGAUUUCCUUGGCAGAAGCAGUAGUGAUACAAGUACACCCGAAGAACUAAAAAUGUAUGAUACAAGCCUAAGAAUAGAAGUAAAAAUGAAAAAAGAUAACUCUGAACUCUUUCGGGUAAUAUCAACAAGUGAUGAGGAAAUCCCUAGAAAAAAGCCUGAAACAACAUGGUUGCGUCAGGGUGGAGAAAGACAAAGUAGAUCCAGUGGUGGUAAUACUAAUUUUGCCACCACACAAUUUCCUCAAGAAGCUGAUCAGGUCUCCUCUUCGGCGGAUGAGACCGAGGAGGAAAAGUCUGAAAAUGAAAAUGCUGCGGAGAAAAUGCCUCCACCGGAAGUUCCUGUUCAGCAGUUCCAUGGGAUAGUGAACCUAGCAUUUGAUGAUGCGACGGAAAAUGAUAUUGAAAGUCAAGAAUUCUCUGCCACUAAAAAUUUUAAGCGCUCCGUAUUACUGUCAGUGGAUGAAUGUGAAGAACUGGGAUCUGAUGAUGGCGUAGAGGUUCAUACUCCUCUGCAAUGUACUCUGGAUGCGGCAACGCCUUCUGAUGUGUUUGACAGCGUUUCCCACGAGCCUCACAGCAAAACGUUCUAUUCAAGAUACUCACUGGACAUUGAGGAUGGGUUCCUGGAUUGCAAGGGGGAUGACAAAAAUGAAAAGCCCUUUGUAGAUCCUCAGGACAGUGAUCAAACACUAAAAGAUACUCUAGUUACUUCGGUUACAGAGCAAACGUGCAUGGAGAGAGCUGAGAAAAUAGGGGACGGCCAACUUUCCGCAGAAGUCAAGUGUGAAGGAAGUAAUGGCUUUCAGUGCAAUAAACUUUUAGACAAUGAUACCAAAACCCAAGGAAGACCUUGUCACUUGGAUCUUCAUCAACGUGAUAAUACUGACUUACAGAACAGCUCUACAAAACCUGUUGAUCCUUAUAAGACUCACUUCCUGGCUCAGGAAGAUACCAUGAAAGAGUCAGCAUCCCCUGAAUACACUGACACUGCUUUACUUGCAGGAGACAUAGAUGAUUGUGACAGAUUGACACAAACCUGCAUGUAUGAGCAUCGGCUUCCAAAAACCCUUUCUCCAAUAUACGAGAUGGAUGUUGGAGAAGCUUUUGAGCAGAGCAUGGAGUCUGAAGUGAAUUUUCUAGAUAUGGAUUUUGAAGACCACCAGUUUGCCGAACAGGACUGGACUCUUCUCAGGCAAUUGCUAUCUGACCAGGAAUCAAACUUGGACAUCAAAAAUUCUGUUCCCGAAGACCUUAACUUAGCACAGUAUCUCAUCAACCAAACACUAUUUCUGGCGCGAGACACUUCACAACCUCAGGGUAAAGCACAGUUUGACACUUUCAGUAAGUGGACUGAAUUAAUAUCUCCACUGGAUGAUUCUUCAGCAAGUAUCACCGUGGCAAGUUUUUCUUCAGAAGAUUGUUCUUCCCCACAUGGGGAGUGGACAAUUCUUGAACUGGAAACCCAUCAUUAAGGUAUCUGUUUGAUACAGGACUCCUCUCUUUUUCUCUCCCUCCCUCUGCAAGUAAAUAUUUUGCAAUAUUUCCAUAUGAUAACUAUUAUAUUGGUCAAGCAUGAACAAUCCAAUUCUAAAUAAAAUUUAUUUGCAGGUAAAAUCAUUUAAGUGGAUGUUUCUAAAAAGCAUUUGCAGCCAUUUUUGGUUUUUCUUGAUAUCUUAGGAAGAAUUCUGUGUGGAACAAACUCUUGGCUUAGUGUAUUCUUACUUAUCACUUAGUCAUACCUUCCUGGAUGCUCAAUAAAUUAAAAUAGGAAUGCAAAAAAAAAAGUCGUGCUACCAAUUUUUUCUUGUAUGAUUCUGCAUUUAGUAGCUUCAAAUAAGAAAUUCACAGUGAUUAUGUCAAGAUGUGUGCCAACGGUAUUUUAAAUCCUAGACAUGUACCUAUUUAUGUUUGAAUUUGCAGGAAAGUUUUGAUGCAACUGUUUAUGAAUUUAUUUAUAAGUAGCAGCAUGUAGAUUUGUUUUCUCUGACUUGUUUUUGUAUCUUUUUUUUGUUCGGAAAACUUUCAAUAAAUUUUUAAAUUGCUUAAAAA